AUGUUCCAUCAAGCAAACAGUGUGCAGACCUCAGAUUCAGAAGAGGAAGAAUGUGAUGAUAAAAACAAAGAUGGACAACCACUCAAAAUCCCCAGGAUUGUGGGAAUGGGGUUGAAUCUCCUGUUUGAGCUUGUACGGGAAACCCAAAAGCAAUAUCCUGAAUUGUGUGUGAAGGCAUUACGAGCAUUGUUGGAUCUUUUACAAGGACAGUUACCAGAAGGCAUGAAGGGAGAGCCAGCAGAUAUCUUGGAGGGAAUGUUCCAGUUAUUAAUGGAACUGACCACUGGUCAAGGAUUGGAAAACAUCCCCUUGGAACUAAGCAACACAUUAACAUCCUUGGCAUGUGCUGGUCUCAUCAGUUUGGUGAUUGCUUGGGGUGACACAGGAAAAUAUCUGACAGCUAUAGGAGCCAUGCUUAUGAACACUAAUUCUCUGUGUGGACAAACAAUACCUGUAUCCAGUAUUCUGACCUCAUUACAAAAGAGCAUCCAUGCUGUUCUUCAUGGGCGGACACAGCUUCCUGAUUGGCUGAGUCAGGGUGUGAAGGUCAAGGCCCUUGCUGACUCUUUCAAGCUUGACAGUGUAUCUAGGCAAAAAGUUUCAGUUCAAUCUCAUUGUGCUUUGGCUAGUGAUGGGUGUUAUUUAUAUGUCCUCAAUAAGCAAGGAUUGUCCAAAGUUGGCUCAGGGUUUGGUGGUACGAUCAAAGGUCAUGUAUAUACUUGCAAAGAUAAUUUUGAUUCAGGCAAAGGCUGGCUUGCAUAUGCUGGGGAAUAUUUAUUUUUCCAUCCUUGCAAUGAAAAUAAAGGCACACUGUAUAUUGUCAACCAAGACAGUUUGGAGAUUGAGGGGACUACACAACUGCAAGAUAUCUCUCCAGGCUCAUCCGUCCUCUUCAGUGAUGGUCAGAAUAUUGGACAGAUUGCAUCCACUAAAGAUGACAGCUUUGUAGUUCGCACAUAUGACCCUUACCAUUCUCCAAUGACACUGGUCAGUGAAGUUCCUCUUAAAUUGGCCAGAAAAUGUAUGGAUGUUUUUGGCCUGUCUGGAUUUGAUCCUGACAUCCACAGACAUUCUAUCAAUACGGGGUUUGAUGAAGAUGCAGUGACGAUAUCAGCUGGCCGAGAAUUUGCUCUCAUUCGGACCAUCAGUGGCAAGGUCCUUUAUUGUGGCAAAUCACAAGCAUUGGGGAUCAAACAAGGAGGCCCCGCAGCAGGGAAAUGGGCCGAGUUACCCAUUACAAAAUCUCCUAAGAUAGUCCAAGUAGUCACGGGUCAUGAUAGCCAGCACGCACUUCUUGUUUCUGAUGAUGGCAGUGUAUUUUUUGUGGGAACACCUCGGCGUGGAGAAGAUGGUGACAGUAGUAUUGUUAAAGUUCGCAGGCAACCAAAGGCAAUGAAACCAAAAAAGUUGAUACGUUUAGAGAGCAAAAAUGUGGUCUAUGUCGCUUGCAACAAUGGCAGCAGUGCAAUGGUAACAAAAGAGGGUGAGGUGUUUAUGUUUGGCAAGGAUACAACACACUGUGACCAUGCUAGUGGUCAUGUGACCGAUUUGAAAGAUGUGAUAAUUAGUCAAAUUUCCCUGGGCAAAGCUCAUGCUGUGACACUGACCAACAAAGGCCUUGUAUAUACUUUUGGAAUAAAUAACAAGGGUCAGUGUGGACGAGAUUACUCUCCUGGAGCGACCAAAGAAGGAAGCUCCAAUGUAACGAUGGCUGAAGAAGAAGAUGAAGGAGAACCUGAAGAAAUUGUUUGUCCUCAAGGGAAACACCGGUGGAGACACGACCAAUGUAUGGUGUGUACAGUAUGUGGAGAAUGUACGGGUUAUGGAGUCAACUGUAUUAGCAGUGGACGGUUUGAUCGCAGUCCUGGCUUACCCUGUGGCUGUGGAUCUGGUGACUCAGGAUGUGCAGAGUGUGGGGUCUGCAAAAGCUGUGCCGGUGAAAGUGAACUUACUGACCAACUCAACGAACGAGGUCUGAAGGAGGUUUUCAACAAAUCUGAUCACUUCAUUUCAUUUGAUCUCACCACUGGGGGAAAAACUGGCUUGAAAACAAAUUUGGAUUUGGACAAAAAGAAAGUUGGACGUCCUGGGGUAAAACCUCUUGAGCAGAUUGGCAAAAGAAUGGAGCAAAAGAUUGAAAAAGUUCAAAAGGCAAAAAAUAAAAGUCUUAAACAAAAUAAAUUUCGAGGUAAUUAUUACUGCUUGUUCACUUAUAUACACUCUCCUUGA